AUGGCAACCGAAUUUAACUUUAUCAACAAGGUGGUGCUGAUCACUGGCUCGUCUGGGGGUUUGGGCUCCUUUAUGGCCAAAGAGUUUGCCAAGCGAAACGCCAAUGUUGUUGUCACCGGACGCAACUCCGAAGCCGUGAAUAAGAUCGCUGCCGAGUGCACUUCACUUUCGCCCAGCGGUGCCGAGGCCUUUCCCUUUGUGGCCGAUGUGACCAAAUCGGAUAGUCUUAAAGGCCUUGUGGAUGCCAUCAUUGGAAAGUUUGGCCACCUGGACGUCCUGGUCAACAAUGCUGGAGGUGGUGCAUUCAGUUCGAUUUAUGAUCCUAAGCUGGUCGAGACCCUGGACCAUAUGCUCAAUCUCGAUCUGAAGUCAGUUGUAGCCCUCACCCAGCUGGCCGUACCUCACCUUGAGAAAAAUCAACAUUUUAUGCCGUACUGUGUGGCCAAGUCGGCCGUUGACAUGUUCUCGCAGUGCAUUGCACUUGAGCUGGGACCGAAAGGCGUGCGAGUGAACUGUGUUAGCCCAACUGCUAUUCGAACCAACUUCCAGGCUGCCAGUGGAGCCGGCGACACACUGGCCGGAGUGCUGAAGCAUCUCGAGGAGACGAUCCCCUUGCGAAGAAUUACUACAGUUGAGGACGUGGCCAAUGCUGUCCUGUUUCUCGCUUCUGACAAGAGCGCCUUUAUCACUGGCUCCAAUGUCGUCGUCGAUGGAGGAAACUCGAUUCUCUAA